AUCAAUAAAAGUGAAGGAAGGAAUAGACCAGAAUCCCCACUCUCUAUCUCUCUCCUCUCUUUCUCUCUCUACCCACCAAACCAUCUUUAAGGACUCCCCUCUUCCCACUGAUUGCUUUCUCAUAUGAAAGCAGUGAGCAUGGCAAGGAGCUUGCAGGACUCCUCCUCCAAGAGACACUUCCUCUGGACAAACAAAGUUGGCAACGAAGAAGAAGAAGAAAAUGAUGUUGAUCAUGUAGUUCUUCCGAGCCUCAAAUCCUCCUCCUCUGCGUCGAAACCAAAAUCCGACGAGGAGGAGGAGAAGAAACAAGAGCAUGAUCAUCAUCAAAAACAACAGCAUGGUCAUGAGGCUCAUCAACUUCCCAGGAGGAAACUGCAAGCGGCUGCAGUUUCCAGGUUGCGGUCUGUUCUUACCACUUUUGGUAAGAACCGAUCUAGCCUACCACUUGGGCUGGGACCCCGAGUGGUAGGCACUCUUUUCGGCUCAAGGCGUGGCCACGUACAUUUUGCACUCCAGAGAGACCCUAGCUCACAUCCGGCCUUCUUGAUCGAGCUUGCAACGCCGAUCAGCGGGUUGGUAAAAGAAAUGGCGUCCGGCCUCGUCAGAAUUGCGUUGGAGUGUGACAAGGAUCACAAAGCAGAUCUUCAAAAGAAGAAAGAUCAGAAAUCUCUGAGGCUGCUGGAAGAGCCAGUGUGGAGAACUUUUUGCAACGGUAAGAAAUAUGGUUUUGCUAGCAAAAGAGAAUGUGGGGCCAAGGAGUGGAAGGUGUUGAAAGCUGUGGAGCCCAUUUCAAUGGGGGCUGGUGUGCUGCCGCCGUCUGCGGCGGUGGAAGGGAAUGAAGCUGAAGCCGGGUCCGAAUCCGACGGCGAACUCAUGUACAUGAGGGCCAAGUUUGAGAGAAUUGUUGGGUCUAGAGACUCUGAGGCCUUCUACAUGAUGAACCCUGAUAGCAAUGGAGCUCCUGAGCUCAGUAUCUACUUGCUCCGAGUCUAAUAAACCCGAAAAGCUGCACGAAUUCGCAUCUCCGCCGCUCGAAUUUCCGAUAUGUACUUCAGUUUUAGCUCUGAUCAAUCUGGAAAUUGGAAUGUGGAAGUGUAGCUAGUUCUCUGCAAGCAGUUUUUAUUUUUUGUUUUAAAUUUAUUUUGUGUUUGGUAUAUUUGGAGAAAAUGUUUAGUGGGGUUUAUUGUAUUUUUCAUAUUUUGUUUAGUUUAGGUGGUGGGGGGAAAUACAAUAUAACAUGAUGGGGUAGGUGUGGAGGGUAUAUGUAUAGCUUUUUCCAAUCCUUAAUGAAGUUAUGAUGAGACAAGGAUGCUAAUGCUUUAAUCAUGAUUCAUGAUUUUCCUCUUUAA